AAGGAAAAAACAAAAGCUAGAGAAAACAAAAAACGCAUAUAGUACUAGUACUACCAGCAACACAAUCGCUUUAUCUUUUUCCUUCUUUAACUGCUUUUACUUUCAUGGAAGACCAAAUGGGGGAGAAUUGAUACAGAUGGAGGGAGGUAUUAGAUCUUACACCUCUAUGCUUUGCUGACCAGCGGGCAGGUGGCGGUGAAGCUGACCGGGUUGUUUUGUGUGUAAUGGGUAAAGCCAGGCGACAUGCCCGUUGCCCCAACAUGUUGGGGUGGUCUUGAGAUUUGGGGUGGAAAGCCUUUUGGAGAGAGAGGGGGUCUCCAGUCUCAGCCCUUUAUUCUGUUCAAAUUCGAUACUUUGCUGUGACUGAGAAGGGAGAGGCAGGCUUUGUUUGAACAGAGAGAAAGCUUCUCUCUCUACUCUCUCUCUCUUUCUGCUUUCCCUCUCUAUGUCUGCCGCAUUGUCUUGUUCUACCCCCAGAAUCUCAUCUCACUUCCACGCUUUAAAGCUCUCUCUCACUCUCUCUCUCUCUAUAGUCGUUGUGGUGUUGUUGUUCCACUUUCAGAGAGUAUAUACAUGACAUAAGAAGAGGGGAAUAAGAAAACCCAUCAAUUAUUUCGUGUCUUUUCUUAAGCGUUCGAGCUUCUUUGAAUUAGUUGUAAGAGUUUCAGAAACUUCUGAAACAAAGAACGAAGCAUGUUAGUAGCCCACUGCUUUUUAUAGAGACAACCCACAAAUUAGGUGAGAGGAAUCCCAUAUAUAUGGGAGUCUUUUUAUUGAAUUUUUGACAUUAUUGUGGGUUCGUAGCGAAACCCAGAAAUCCUGAAAUAGCAGAAGAGCUGUAUGAAGAAGUACUGAAACAAUGAGAGAUGGGAGCUCGAAGAAAAGCAAGCUCUCAUGGUCAAAAACACUGGUCAGAAAGUGGUUCAAUAUCAAGAGCAAAACUGAGGAAUUUCAGGCAGAUGAGGUUGUGUGCGGAGGGGGUGAUGUAGAAUGGAGGACUAGCUUCUCCGAAAGGGAGCCAUGUACAAUCAAGAAAAGCAAGACAGAGAAAAUAAGCAAGAGUGCAGAGCGGGUCCGGCAGAGCAGAAUAGAUCUUGACCAUCCUCGAGUUAUAGAUGUGCAGAAUUAUAGCAUCUUUGUUACCACCUGGAAUGUGGGCGGAAAAUCUCCACCUAGUAAUUUGAAUCUGGAUGAUUGGCUCCAUGCCUCACCUCCUGCCGACAUUUAUGUUCUUGGAUUUCAGGAAAUAGUUCCUUUGAAUGCGGGUAAUGUUCUUGGAGCAGAAGAUAAUGGCCCAGCAAGAAAAUGGCUCUCUCUGAUUCGGAAUACUCUAAAUAAUCUUCCUGGAACCAGUGGAAGUGGUGGGUGCUAUACACCAUCACCCAUCCCAGAGCCCAUUGUAGAACUGGAUGCAGAUUUUGAGGGAUCAGCUAGGCAGAAGGCCUCAUCUUUCUUCCAUCGCAGAUCCUUCCAGACAACCCGCAGCUGGAGAAUGGACAAUGACCCUUCAAUGACUCAACCCCGACUUGAUCGGCGAUUCAGUGUUUGUGAUCGUGUAAUCUUUGGUCAUAGACCAAGUGACUUUGACCCUAAUUUCAGAUGGGGUCACAGGCCUAGUGACUAUUCCAGAUGGGGUUCUUCUGAUGAUGACAAUGGUCCUGGGGAUUCACCAAGCACUGUAUUAUUCUCACCAAUCUCUUGUGGAGGUUCUGCACCUGUGGAAGAAGGAUAUAGAAUGCCUGGGAAUUCAAGAUACUGCUUAGUUGCGAGUAAGCAAAUGGUUGGCAUAUUUCUUACAGUGUGGGUGAGAAGUGAGCUGAGGGAUUAUGUUCGAAACAUGAAAGUCUCUUGUGUUGGCAGGGGAUUAAUGGGUUACCUUGGAAAUAAGGGAUCCAUCUCGAUCAGCAUGUCUUUGCACCAAACAAGUUUUUGCUUCGUCUGUAGCCACUUAACCUCAGGACAGAAGGAAGGCGAUGAGCUAAGAAGGAACUCUGAUGUCAUGGAAAUCCUCAGGAAGACAAGGUUUCCACGAGUUAAUGAUACGGGUGAUGAGAAAUCUCCAGAAACAAUUCUUGAGCAUGAUCGAAUUAUUUGGCUUGGGGAUUUGAAUUAUCGUAUUGCUCUCUCCUAUCGAUCUGCCAAGGCACUUGUGGAGAUGCAAAACUGGAGGGCUUUGUUAGAGAAUGACCAGCUAAGGAUAGAACAGAGACGAGGUCGUGUUUUUGAGGGAUGGAAUGAAGGGAAGAUAUAUUUCCCACCAACAUACAAGUAUUCAAAUAACUCAGACAGAUAUUCAGGGGAUGAUAUGCACCCCAAGGAGAAACGACGGACACCCGCAUGGUGCGAUCGUAUUUUGUGGUAUGGGGGUGGUCUCCAUCAAUUGUCUUACGUCCGUGGGGAAUCUAGAUUCUCAGAUCAUAGACCGGUUUAUAGCAUAUUUUGGGCUGAGGUUGAGUCAAUAAAUAGCCGAUUGAAGAAAAGCACGAGUUAUUCUAGUUCAAGGAUUGAUGUAGAGGACUUCUUGCCAUACUCUCAUGGAUACACUGAACUAAGCUUUUUCUGAAGGAUGGAGGGAAUUGUUAAAAACCACAAUCAAGAGAGCUACAUCUAUGAUUAAAUGAUUUGGAUGCAACUACUUAGUUGCAAAUAAUUUCAUUUUUCCCACAUUUGAGUGGUUAACAAGGGCUAAUCCUGUUUAAGAAUUUCAAUGUCUUUCUGCACAUCAAGUAUGGUCUGUCCCCCACAAUCAAUCAGGUGACCAACCCCACUGAGCUUUGCUUCUUCUUCUUGUUCUUCUUUUUCUUCCUCUUUUAUCAACUGGGUGGUUGGGAGUAAAUAAAUGGCUUAUUACAUCAGGGCCUUUGUUAUGGUAGUUCUCAGACUUAAUCUUGUGGGUCCAGUCCAUUGAUGUGAAUCUGGAGGAGAUACCUAUAAUUUAUUUCACAAGGAACCAAAUGAUUCAGAGGCACAUGGGUUAUUCGAAUCGUUGCAGGCGGGAAUUGCUUUGGAGAAAUUUGUCUUUGAAGGAUGAUGGAGACAUUCCGUUGCCCACUAACCGAUAAAGGUGUAAAUUUUGUAAUAUGGUUGACCAACUAAUUUCACACAACUCCAACUUGCUGUACCUUUGCUCACCCAUUCUUUGUUAGUGAAUAAUAUACCAGUAUGAAGCAUAAUUCAGUAGUUACCUGAUUGACUAACACCCACUUUCAUGGCAUCUCAAAGUUCCCACUAGCAUUUGCUUUCCUGCAUGAUGAUCAGGAUGGACUCACUCAAUCAGAAACUGCCAAGUGGGUAAAUGAAGAUUAUUUUAUUCAUGAUUCUUUAUUUGUUGAGGGGAUUUUGAUGACUGAAAGAAGAUGGAAGAUGGUCAAAACAAUCAUUUGGGUACUUCCCUUUUGUUUUAAUGAAAAAAAAAAAAAAAGAUGUAAAGAUCUGAUGGAUAGUCAUGACUGAAGUGAUACAAAGGAUAUAAAAUUGUAGUUUAGGAUAGA